CAGACAUGAAAAAUUUUGGAACCUAUCCAUGCAUAAAGCCCACCACCUUACAGGAUUUCAUUGAGGGAACAGUUGGCUUCAGCAGACUUCACUCACACCCUGGUUCGAGUGUUGAGGAUCUUUCAGCGUGACGCCUGCGUGUUACAUGUGGGCUUCACUCUGUGUGCAGCUCAUUUAGCCUUUGACUGCAACACGUAUAGCGUGAUGUGUUUUUAAGCUCUUCCACUUAACAUGCUAGACUGAUUGUUCAACUAUUGCAGCAUGAGCUGUCGCUGAUAAGUUAUGCAUAACAGCGUAGUUGGGAGAGGUGUCCGUGUGAAAUGACAUGUGACGAGGUGGAUUUCGCAUCAUGCUCUGUGCGUGCAGGAAUCUCACUUUCCUCUCAUUUCUUUGUCUCUUUAGACUGACCCGAAACACACCAAACCUUCUCUCUUGAUUAUAAUACAUCACACAGGAUUGGUGACGAGCCUGAUAUCCAAAACAUUAACUAUUAAGGAUUCAUUGUAAAUAUAAUUUCAUCAUUUGACUGCAUUGUUACAUUUUCUUGUAUACCAGCAUGUUUAUCACAUCAAAAUUGUUCUGUAAUUUGCCCAAACAGACUUUUCUGCUAUAAUCUGCACCCAGCACUACUCUAGACUAUAAUAGUAAUCUUGUUGUCCACAUGAGUUGAUUCACACAUGCUGAAAUAGAGGAGUUGCCAUUUGAACACAGUGCCCAGCAAGUGCAGGUUAACUUAUAACUGGCCCCCUUUAGCUGAUAAGUAUCUUCAGAGUUACUCAGUGUUCAGUCAGUUUGAUUUCACUGUGAGAGGCUCAGUUACAGUGUCUACACACAUAUGAACUCAUGGACCAACAAGGACCACAAGGUGUCUGGACUCACAUGUUGGGACAAUGGCCUGUAGUGGACACUAACUGUGCUAGAAAUCCUACAGUAGUCCUCAGUGGGCUACCUGAUCACCUGCCACCUGCUCCACACCCUCGUCAGUCAGACAGUUUGCUGGAUGGCGAGAAAACCGGAGCCACCCUGCUGUUCUCUGGAGUCUUCCUGGCCCUGAUGGGUGUCAUCUUCACCACCAUGGGAUGGCAACAAUACCAAGUCAACCUAAGCUUUGAGUGGCCCCAACUGCUGGGCCCUAUCCUGAUAUCAGUCGGAGGCACUUUCGUGUUUACCAGCGUCUGCAAGUUUGGGAUCGUCUCCUGCUGUCGCUGCAGACAGUGGGAUGAAGAAGUGCUGGUGAUGCCUGUCAUGGAGCAAACCUCUUUUACCUUAAGAGGCACAAAUCAACCAAUCGUGUUACGUGGUGGCACAACAAUGCUGUGUAUUCCACCUCCGUAUAACUUUAUAACCCAGGAAGUAAGCCAGGCCAAUGAGUUCCAGCCUGGCAGCUCUGUGAGUGCAGCCCUUCCUCCACUUAACGCUGCGUGCUGUGCGGAUAAUGCAGCUUUCACAGCAGAAGAAGCAGACAGCUCAGACGUUAGAGGAAGCAGGAUUGAGAGGACAGACGAUGAAAGAGGACGUGGUGAUGAGAGCGGAUCCCCCUGUGCACGUCCACCUGCGUACGAAGACAUAUUCCCGUCCUUUAACCAGCCUGAUGUGACAUAAACGCAUCCUGAGAGUUGUUAGGAGUUUCAUGUGUGGCUUUACAGUCUUCCAAUGGAUGAUACUGGAUGUCAAAAGGGAUUUUUACAAGAUUCACUGCAUUGCUAAACUUAAAUGCCCCUGAUAUUUCACUCCAGAACAACAGGAGAUUAAAAGAUGGGUUCACAAUUUUUUUGAAUACAUCCAAGUUUUCAAAUAUGUCAGUGAGUUUCCAAAGCGUUACAGCCUGCAGAUACAGCGGUGUUCAUCCAUAAAUCUCCAUUUUAAUGAGGUUUUCUUCCAG